AAUUAAUUAAUUUAAUAAAUAGGACAUCGACUUUGGGCUUUAUGGAUGAACCGAAAGCCCGUUUAACACAUUUAUUGGACUUUAUGGAUGAACACAUUUAUUGGGCUUAUUUAGUUUAUAAUCAAAAAGCCCAUUUCAAUUUUCAAAUCACUCACCUGCUUUUUCCCUCCGACCACACCUCGAUGACGAUGAACUGAAAAACAAACCCUAGAUUUUGUUCCCAAUUCGAAUUUCACCUCUCAUUGCACCACCAACACCUAGCUAUGUCGAAAAAUUCUUCUUCUUUCUCUCCUCAGAAGGAAUCAAUUGUCGAAACCCAUGAUCCUGAAGAUACUUUUUCCUCUCCAACACCUGUGAAAACGAAAGAACCCUCGCGCAUUAAGACCAAUGAAAACCAACCUGCUGAACUCCCACACAAGUAUGGGAUCUUAUUGGAGUUUUUUGAGCGCAUGACUAGUUCACUGAGGUUGCUGUCUCUACGUAAAAAAGAACCAAUUUUUCAGAAAAUUUCAAAUCAAGUUGAAAUCCUCACAGGAAGAAAAUUCUUGUUCGUACACCUUGCACAAAUAAAAUAUAUACUUCCUGAAGCAGUUCUGAUUGAUAAGAUUCUCAUACACGAUGAGAAAACCAAAUGCAUGAAGCCAGAUAUGAAGAUUGAACUGCUGUUUGAUGUUGUGAAAGAUAAUCAUGAAGAAUCUGCAUUUAUCGCUCUGGCCAAUGUUUUCUCGUCUAGGCUAAGGGAGUUUUACAUUACUCAUCCUGAGGGUUGUGAUAUCCCUAAAGCUGCACUACCAGAUCCAUUCAGCCAAAAAAGUAUCAUUGUCAAGGAAGACUUAAUCUAUGAGGACUUGUCAACUUUGUGUGAGAAAGAGAUGUUAAAUUCAUCUCAUCUCCAUCCUUCAUUUAAAACACACUUCCUUCACAAAGCUGCGGCUGCUGUAGAGAUUGAGAAGACUGAUAUCCUUUCACCUGUGAAAUGUGCUUCUGAGGUUAAUGGAGAGAUUGAAGAGAUUGAAAUCGUAACAUCGCUUCCUGGUUCUUCUUCCACCGUCAAUAUGAGUGAGAGCACUCCUAUGAAGCCUUUUGUAGGCAGUGACAGUGUUUUCGUUGAAACACCAGUACAAUCUACUCCAAUGAGGUCGAUUUCGCCAACUAGAUUGGUGCUCACAUGUGAAGACAAGAACAAGAAGACAGCAAGCCAAAACAGCAAGCACUCCACUUCAGUUGUUAAGAAGUCAUUAGAUUUUUAUAGCAUGGAUAGUGACCACACUACCUUAUCAUACAAUCAACAGUCAUUUUCCCCGUCUGACCUUGUUCUCUUGAUUCACCAAAUAUUUCGAUCAGUUGACUUUUGUUCAAUCACAAAGGAAGAACUUGUUCAGAAGAUUAUUAUGAACAGUUUCGACAUCGAUGACCACGGUGAGGUUGAAACGCAAAUUCAGAACCUUGAGAAGCUGGUUCCAGAUUGGAUUUAUAAGAAAGUGGAACCUAGUGGUGACCUUCUAUACAAUGUGAAGAAAGUAUCAGAUGUUAACUCCAUUUGUGAGAGAGUUGAUGGCAUUUGAUCCGAGGGCAUACUAAUUUGACAUCCAUUUAAGUCUGAGUAUCGAAACUGAAGUAUUCAAGUUAUUUUCUCCCUCUUUUAUUGGGUGAAUUGAACAAGUCUUGGAACAGUAAUUCUCAUGUAGAUGAUUGUAACAAUUGAUAAAUCUUACUGUUGCCAGUUGGUCAUAUUUUACUUGGUGUUGAGGAGUUGUGAAUUCCCAUUGUUAAAAACGAUUAUUUCAAUUUAAUUUGAUUGUUGUAAACAUUUCGAAACCAUGAAAUAUUAUAUAUUUGAUUUUUUGGUUUA